AUGCCUCUCCCACACGGAGUAUACCGUGCAGACCACGUCGGGUCUUUUCUCCGCCCCAAGGAGGUGCUUGCCGCUCGUGAGGCUGCCUCCAAGAACGAGAUCAGCCGUCAACAGCUUCGCGAGGUAGAGGAUAAGCACAUUUCCGAGGUUGCCAAAUCGCAAGCGACCAACGGCCUCCGCUCCAUCACCGAUGGCGAGUACCGCCGCGCCUGGUUUCACAUCGACUUCCUCGUCAACCUUGAUGGUGUUGCGCACAUCAGCGACGGCAACAUGGCCUCGACCAACAUCACCACCCACGGCAUGACGCCACCCAAGUUGGCCGUGGUCGGUAAGCUGGGCCACUCCAAGCCCAUCCAGGUGGAUGACUUCAAGCACCUCGAGGCUCAGAUCCCCGCCGACUUGAAGGACAAGGUCACCACCAAGGUCUGCAUCCCGUCUCCAACCAUGGUGCACUUCCGUGGUGGCCGCGAAUCCAUUGAUGAGAAGGCCUACCCAACUCUGGAGCCCUUCUUCGAGGACCUGAUCGCCGUAUACCGCGCCGAGAUCCGUGACUUGUACGCCGCCGGAUGCCGCUUCCUGCAGCUAGAUGACACGAACUUGGCCUACCUGUGUGACAAGGGCAUGCGCUCCGAGGCCGAGAAGAGGCACGGUGACCCCAACGCCUUGGCUGAGCAGUAUGCCAAACUCAUCAACGACGCUAUCGCCGAGCGGCCCAAGGAUAUGGUUAUUGGCAUCCACCUCUGCCGCGGUAACUACCGCUCCCAAUGGUUUGCCGAGGGUGGUUACGAACCUGUGGCCGAGGUUUUGUUCAAGAAGCUCAACGUCGACGUUUACUUCCUCGAGUUCGACGACCCUCGCUCAGGUGACUUUUCGCCGCUGCGCCACCUCCCUUCGGAGAAGACCGUCGUUCUGGGUGUCAUGAGCAGCAAAAAGGCAGAGCUCGACGACCGCGACGAGAUUGUACGGCGACUCAACGAGGCUGCCUCAUACUGCCCUCGCGGCAUUGACCAGCUUUGUCUCUCGCACCAGUGCGGCUUCAGCUCGACCGUUGAGGGCAACGAGUUGACUGAGGAGCAGCAAUGGGCCAAGGUCAGGCUCGAGGUUGAUAUUGCCAAGCAGGUUUGGGGUGAUGCGUAA